AUGGUUUCGAUAAUUGUUGAACACCUUGGUCUCCGCCUUCUUAAUAAUCCCAUUGACAUAAUACCAGGCCACACUCACCUAUCCGUUGAUGCUAUGGGGAAUAUUCAUAUCUUUCACCGCAAGCCAAAUGGGGACGUUCAUUGGACCAUUGAUGGUCAACAGUACCUGCAUAUUGACAGUCGAAACAAGAAGAUACUCACCAUAGCCAACUACAUCCCAUCUACUAAUUGGACUCUUAGGUCCAAUUUGGGUAUUGUUAUUCCCCGUAGACCCCCUAACACCACUUGCCACCCCUCUAUUGCAUCCUCAGGUGCCUCCAGUUUGGCUCUCCCCAUUCCUUUUCCUAAGCACAACAUUUAUAUGGGUGAUUUUGCAUGA